AUGGGUUCCUGGUGCGAUGAGGAACACUCUGGAAUGAGGGCCCUGCAGGGCCAGGCAGGAUCAGAAGCGGACUGGUCACAGAGCCCCAAGGGCACACUGGCAGCUAGCCCCAAGGGCACACUGGCAGCCCCUAGCGUGGUUUCUCAGAUACAGACCCGGGGGCAGCCGGCGGCGACCUCGCCCCCGCCCCCCGACCCCGCCCUCUGGCGCGCCCUGGGUCGCGGGGGCUCCGGGAAGCGGGGAGGCGGAAGGGUCGGGAGCAGACUCCGCCCCCCGCCCUCCCCCGUCCCGCCCCCCCUCCCGGCGGGCUCCGCUUGGACUCCGCGGCGGCGGCGGCGGCGGCGCGCGAAGACACUGGAGAGCAGCGUCCUGGGGCCGGGUCAGGAGACCGGCCUGAGUGUGCAGGACCCGGCCCAGGACUGUCAGCCCGCCCACCUGCCUGCUCUCCUCAGGGAAAUCGUCACCCGAAACUUCUCCAAGCCUGAGAGCCCAGCCCUGCUGUCGGCCACAGAGAUGGCAUCAAUGCUGUCGCUGCAGGAGGAGAACCAGUUGCUGCAGCAGGAGUUGUCCCGCGUGGAGGACCUGCUGGCCCAGAGCCGGGCCGAGCGUGAUGAGCUGGCCAUCAAGUACAACGCGGUCAGCGAGAGGCUGGAGCAGGCUGUGCGGCUGGAGUCUGGGGAGCUGGAAACACAGGAGCCCAGGGGGCUGGUACGGCAGAGCGUGGAGCUGCGGAGGCAGCUGCAGGAGGAGCAGGCCUCCUACCGGCGAAAGCUGCAGGCCUACCAGGAGGGCCAGCAGCGGCAAGCCCAGCUCGUGCAACGGCUGCAGGCCAAGAUUCUCCAGUACAAGAAGAAGGACUCAGAGCUGGAGCAGCAGCUGUUGGAGAGAUCCACAGAGCUGGAGCAACAGCGGCUGAGGGACGCAGAGCACAGCAGAGACCUGGAGAGCGCCCUCAUCCGCCUGGAGGAGGAGCAGCAGAGGAGCAGCAGCCUGGCCCAGGUGAACGCUAUGCUCCGAGAGCAGCUGGACCAGGCGAGCUCAGCCAAUCAGGCUCUGAGAGAGGACAUACGCAAGGUGACCAGUGACUGGACACGCAGUCGGAAGGAGCUGGAGCAACGGGAGGUGGCGUGGAGGCGUGAGGAGGAGUCCUUCAACGCCUACUUCAGCAGCGAGCACAGCCGCCUGCUCCUCCUCUGGAGGCAGGUUGUGGGCGUCCGGCGGCUGGUCAGCGAGGUGAAGAUGUUUACCGAGAGGGAUCUGCUGCAGCUGGGAGGGGAGCUGGCCCGGACCUCACGAGCCGUCCAGGAAGCGGGCCUGGGGCUGAGCGCGGGCCUGCAGCUGGCCGAGAGCCGGGCCGAGGCAGCCCUGGAGAAGCAGGCGCUGCUGCAGGCCCAGCUGGAGGAGCAGCUGCGGGACAAGGUGCUGCAGGAGGAGGGCCUGGCCCAGCUGCAGAUGCAGAGCAACCUGGACAAGGCCGACUUCAAUGCCAGAAUGACAGAGCUGGCCCUGACAGUGGAGCGCCUUCAGAACCAGAACCUGGAGAAGGAUCGGGUCAACAAGGCCCUCACUGAGAAGCUUGAGGCCCUGGAAGCCCUGCAGCUCCAGGAGCAGCCCGCCCUGGACACAGAGGAGGGUGAGGGGCUGCAGCAGACCUUGAGGGACCUGGCACAGGCCGUUCUGUCCGACAUGGAGAGCGGUGUCCAGCUAAGUGGCUCCGAGCACACCGCUGAUGCGUCAGACGGCAGUCUGCGGGGGCUCUCGGGCCCCCGGACCCCAUCCCCGUCGAGGCGCUCCUCGCCCGGCCGCGGUCGCUCCCCGCGCCGAGGCCCAUCCCCAGCCUGUUCGGACUCCUCCGUGCUCGCCCUGAUCCACUCCGCCCUGCACAAACGCCAGCUACAGGUCCAGGACAUGCGUGGGCGCUACGAGGCCAGCCAGGACCUCCUGGGCACACUGCGGAAGCAGCUUGGUGACAGCGAGGGUGAGCGCCGUGCCCUGGAGGACCAGCUGCAGCGUCUGCGGGACAAGACCGAUGGGGCCACCCAGGCCCAGGAGGAUGCCCAGCGCGAGGCCCAGCGUCUGCGGAGUGCCAUCGACCUCCUGAACAGGGAGAAGGACAGCCUGGCCUAUAGCCUGCAGGCGGCCCAGCAGCAGGCUGAGGAGCUGCGGCAGGAGCGGGAGAAACUACAGGUGGCACAGGAGGAGCUGCAGCACCAGCGGGACCAGCUGGAGGAGGAGAAGGAGGACACAGAGCAGGAUAGAGCGCGGGCACGCAGGGAGCUCGAGCGGAGCAUUAGACAGCUAGAGCAGCUGGAGGUGAAGCGCUCAGGGCUGGCGAAGGAGCUGGUGGAGGUGAGGGAGGCGCUGAGCUGUGCCACGCUGCAGCGGGACAUGUUGCAGGCUGAGAAGGCCGAGGUGGCCGAGGCGCUGACCAAGGCUGAGGCUGGCCGCAUGGACCUCGAGCUCGCGAUGACCAAGCUGAGGGUGGAGGAGGCCUCUCUGCGGGACGCCUUGUCCAAGCUGAGCGCCCUCAACGAGAGCCUCGCACAGGACAAGCGGGGCCUGAACCACCUCGUCGCCCAGCUGGAGGAGGAAAAGGCAGCCCUGCUGGGCCAGCAGCGGCGAGUGGAACAGGAGGCCACCCUGGCGAGGGAGGAGCAGGAGCGGCUGGAACAGCUGCGGCUGGAGCAGGAGGUGGAUCGACAGGGCCUGGAGGGCUCCUUGCGGGUGGCAGAGCAGGCCCGGGAGGCUCUGGAGCACCAGGUUCCCACACUGCGCCAGGAGCGCUGCCGGCUGCAGGAGCAGCUGGCCCAGCUCUCCCGGCAGCUGAGCGGGCGGGAGCAUGAGCUGGAGCAGGCACGGCGGGAGACACAACGGCAGGUAGAGGCGCUGGAGCGGGCGACCCGGGAGAAGGAGGCGCUGGCCAAGGAGCGGGCCGGUUUGGCUGUGCAGCUGGCGGCAGCUGAGCGUGAAGGCCGAACCCUAUUGGAGGAAGCCACACGCCUGCGCUUGGAGAAGGAAGCCCUGGAGAGCAGCCUGUUCGAGGUGCAGCGGCAGCUGGCCCAGCUCGAGGCCUGUCGGGAGCAGCUGGAAGCUGAUGGGCAGGCCCUGCUUCUGGCCAAGGAGGCCCUGACUGGAGAACUGGCAGGCCUCCGGCAGCAGAUGACAAUGGCAGAGGAGAAGGCGGCUCUGGACAAGGAGCUGAUGGCCCAGAAGCUGGUGCAGGCUGAGCGGGAGGCCCAGGCCUCUCUGCGGGAGCAGCGGGCAGCCCACGAGGAGGACGUGCAGCGACUCCAGCGAGAGAAGGAGGCAGCAUGGCGGGAGCUGGAGGCGGAACGGGCCCAACUGCAGAGUCAGCUGCAGCGGGAGCGGGAGGAGCUGCUGGCCCGGCUGGAGGCCGAGAAGGAGGAGCUGAGCGAGGAGAUCGCUGCCCUGCAGCAGGAGCGGGAUGAGGGCCUCCUCCUGGCUGAGAGUGAGAAGCAGCAGGCCCUGUCGCUAAAGGAGUCUGAGAAGACGGCGCUGUCAGAGAAACUGGUGGGUACACAGCACAGCCUGACCGCCAUCUCCCUGGAGAUGGAGCGACAGAAGCGAGAUGCUCAGAGCCGGCAGGAGCAGGACCGGGGCACCAUGAACACCCUGACAUCCGAGCUGCGGGACCUGCGGGCCCAGCUUGAGGAGGCUGCCGCGGCCCAUGCUCAGGAGGUGAAGAGGCUGCAGGAGCAGGCCCGAGACCUGGGCAGGCAGCGGGAAUCCUGCGUGCGCGAGGCAGAGGAGCUUCGGACUCAGCUGCGCCUACUGGAGGAUGCCCGUGAUGGGCUGCGGCGGGAGCUGCUGGAGGCCCAGCGCAAGGUACGAGAGAGCCAGGAUGGCCGUGAGGCCCAGCGGCAGGAGGCAGCCGAGCUGCGGCGCAGCCUGGGUGAGGGUGCCAAGGAGCGCGAGGCCCUGCGGCGGUCCAACGAGGAGCUGCGGGCUGCCGUGAAGAAGGCCGAGAGCGAGCGGAUCAGCCUGAAGCUGGCCAAUGAUGACAAGGAGCAGAAACUGGCGCUCCUCGAAGAGGCUCGGGUGGCCAUGGGCAAGGAGGCCGGGGACCUGCGGGCCGGGCUGCAGGAGGUGGAGCGCUCUCGGCUGGAGGCUCGGAGGGAGCUGCAGGAGCUGCGGCGACAGAUGAAGAUGCUGGACAGUGAGAACGCCAGGCUGGGCAGGGAGCUGGUGGAGCUGCAGGGCCGCCUGGCACUCGGCGAGCGGGCAGAAAAGGAGGGACGAAGGGAAGCCCUGGGCCUCCGACAGAAGCUGCUGAAGGGCGAGGCCAGCCUGGAGGCCUUGCGACAGGAGCUCCAGGGAGCCCAGCGGAAGCUGCAGGAGCAAGAAGGCGAGUUCCGAGCCCGCGAGCGAGGCCUGGUAGGCAACCUGGAGGAGGCACGCAGCGCGGAGAAGCAGCAGCUGGACCACGUCAGCAGCCUGGAGCUGAAGCUGGAGGCGGCUCGGGCCGAGGCUGCGGAGCUGGGGCUGCGGCUGAGCGCGGCCGAGGGCCGGGGACAAGGCCUGGAGGCCGAGCUGGCCCGCGUGGAGGCCCAGCGUCGUGCGGCGGAGGCCCAACUGGGUGGCCUGCGAUCUGCCCUGCGCCGGGGUCUGGGUCUGGGCCGUGCGCCCAGUCCCGCCGUGCGGCAGGCGCUUGGCUCCCCAGCCCGCAGCCCACCCACCCGAGGAAGUGGGGACGGGCCCAGCAGCCCCACCCCCUUGGAACGUAGCCCUGGAUCUGAGCCACCGUCCCCAGGACCUGCUACCUCCCCGACGUCUCCAGACCUGGACCCAGAGGCCGUGCGAGGGGCCCUCCGGGAUUUCCUGCAGGAGCUGCGGAGCACCCAGAGAGAACGGGAUGAGUUUCGGGCCCAGACCAGUGCCCUGAGUCGCCAGCUGGUGGAGAUGGAGGCCGAGAGGGACAGCGCAACCUCGAGGGCAAGGCAGCUGCAAAAGGCUGUGGCCCAGAGUGAGGAAGCUCGGCGCAGUGUGGACGGGCGGCUGAGCGGGGCCCAGGCGGAGCUGGCGCUGCAGGAGGACAGUGUGCGACGCAGCGAGCGGGAGCGCCGGGCUGCCCUAGACCAGGUGGCCGCCCUGGAGAGGAGCCUGCAGGCCACCGAGAGUGAGCUCCGGGCCAGCCAGGAGAAGAUCAGCAAGAUGAAGGCCAAUGAGGUGAAGCUGGAGAGUGACAAGCGGCGCCUGAAGGAGGUGCUGGACGCCUCUGAGAGCCGCACCAUCAAGCUGGAGCUGCAGCGGCGCUCGCUCGAGGGGGAGCUGCAGCGCAGCCGCCUGGGCCUGAGCGACCGGGAGGCCCAGGCCCAGGCCCUCCAGGAGCGGGUGGACUCCCUGCAGAGACAGGUGGCAGACAGCGAGGUGAAGGCAGGGACUCUGCAGCUGACAGUGGAGCGGCUGAACGGGGCACUGGCCAAGGUGGAGGAGAGCGAGGGGGCCCUGCGUGACAAGGUGAAGGGCCUGUCGGAGGCCCUGGCCCAGAACAGCGCCAGCCUCAGCAGCACCCAGGACAAGAAUCUGCAACUGCAGAAGGCCCUGACGGCCUGCGAACAUGACCGCCAAGUGCUCCAGGAACGGCUGGAGGCUGCUCGGCAGGCGCUGUCCGAGGCCCGGAAGCAAAGCGGCGCCCUAGCUGAGCAGGUGCAGACGAUGCGGGGCGAGAUGGCGGACCUGGAGCUGCAGCGGGCGGAGGCUGAGGGCCAGCUGCAACAGCUGCGGGAGGUGCUGCGGCAGCGGCAGGAGGCUGAGGCUGCGGCCCUGCACACGGUCCAGAAGCUGCAGGACGAGCGGCGGCGGCUGCAGGAGCGCCUGGGCGGCCUGCAACGCGCUCUGGCUCAGCUGGAGGCUGAGAAGCGGGAGGUGGAGCGGUCAGCCCUGCGGCUGGAGAAGGACCGGGUGGCCCUCAAGAAGACGCUGGACAAGGUAGAGCGGGAGAAGCUCCGCAGCCACGAGGACACAGUGCGGCUCAGUGCCGAGAAGGGCCGCCUGGACCGCACACUCACGGGGGCUGAGCUGGAGUUGGCCGAGGCCCAGAGGCAGAUUCAGCUGCUGGAGGCCCAGGUGGUGGUGCUGGAGCAGGACCAGAGCCCAGUCGAGCUGGAGGCGCUGGAGGCAGAGGAGCAGCCACAGCUGGAGCUGCAGCAGGAGGUCGAGCGCCUGCGCAAUGCCCAGGUGCAGACAGAACGCACCCUGGAGGCGCGGGAGCGGGCCCACCGGCUGCGGGUGCGUGGGCUGGAGGAGCAGGUGUCCACACUGAAGGGGCAUUUGCAGCAGGAGCUUCGGAGGAGCUCGGCGUCCUUCUCCCCCGCCUCUGGGCCCCCAGAGAAAUGAGCCCUUUCCCGGCUGGUACCUGGGGCAGAAGAGGGCCUCCUCUCCAGCACAGCCCACUCAAAGCCUGGGCCUGUCGGGGCCACCAGAGCUCAGAUGGGGUGAGGAUGAGCCGAGGUGGCAGUUCUGGGAGGUGGGGGACUCCAGUGCAGGCCCGACCCAGCAGUGGCUUCUCAGCAUCAUCAGGGCCAUGCGCCGUCUGUGGGCCCCCUCAGUCCGGCCCCUCCCCGGGUGAGCCACUCCAGACUCUACAAGGUCCUCGCUGAGGGGCUGAGCCGAAGCCAGGGUCAGGGUGGCCGGCCCUGGAGCAUGGGCUCAUGGGAAGCAGGAGGGGUGCCCAGGCCUAGGGCAGGGGUCAGAGACCCAGGCCCUGCCCUGGCUUCCCAGGGGUCUCUCUGCCUUAGUUCAGAGUGUUUGUCAGGAAAUCCCUUGGAGUUCAGAGUCCCUGUAUUUUUGUACCUUUUUAUAAUGUUAACUGUUCAGAACUGUUUGUGUUUUUUUACAAGACCCUAUUUUCUAAAAAUGGUUUUGUGCCGACGUGUUUUUUUACUGUCAAUGUGCCUCGACCACC